AUGCAGAAACUCUGCCAUUAUUUCACCUCCAUACAGAAAUGCAUCAAAAAAAAAGGCAACAAAAAGAGAAAAGUAGAGGCGCCGGCGAUUCAUCCUCACCGCCACCAUUCGCCUUCGUCGGGCUUUUGCCUCCGCCACUGUCAUAAUCAUCCAUCUCCCUCUCUCCUUCCUCAACCGCUACCCUCUCCUCUAAACCCUGCUUUCCUUCACCCAAUUCCUCGACUACAGGCGCCUGAGCCUCCGCUACUGCUGCUGCUGAAUUGGGAGCAGCAGCUAUCUUCUCAUCAAUGGCCCCCACAAGGGCUGCUUCAGCUACUCUCCUCCUUGUCCGAGUGGCGAUUCCCGCGUUUCCCUCAGGAGACCGAUUUAUUUUCUUGUUCUCCUGAUUCCGAUUUUCAAUAUUAUAAAGUUGGAGAAAGCAUACGCACCAAAAACAGGAAAAGGGGUGAAAACAAACCAAUCGCCGAUCGUCGCAACGCACUGAACAGAACAACAGAAGAAGGUUUGAAACUUGAAACAGAUAAAAAAAGAUAUGUUAGGGAUCUGCAGAGGAAGAAGAAAGUGAUUCGAUUACAGAUAGAAGGGGAAAGUCUCAAAGUAGGGGCAAAGGAUCAAAAGUUUUUGUAUGCAAAUUGUUGUUAUGGGAACGCCGGGUACGACGAGAAGGGCGGCUAUGCGGGCCAGGCACGGGCCAACAUGAUGAUCUCUCCCGGGUCCAAUGGAAAUUAUACAUUGCUGUUGUAUGAAGAACCACAUAACCAAGAUUUUCUUAAGCCGAACAAAACCUCGACCUCGAUUCGCCCGAUACUCGACAACCAGGAUCUAAUAAUAUAA